AUGUCCCCUCAUCAAGUGCUCAACCGGACCGUCAACAAGACUGCUCUGCACCCUGGUGGUGUCCAGCCUCACAUCCCUCACACCGACCUCGAGGAAACUCUUCAUGAGACCGCACACAUCGACUACGACCGUGUCGCCAUCAUCGCCAACCCUCCCGUCGCUGUCCUGUACGAGGAUGCCCUCGUCUACGAGACCGGUACGGCCAUCACGUCGAGCGGUGCCCUGACUGCCUACUCCGGCACCAAGACCGGUCGCUCUCCCCUCGACAAGCGCAUCGUCAAGGAGCCUUCGUCAGAGAAUGAUGUCUGGUGGGGACCCGUGAAUAAGCCCAUGUCGCCCGAGGUCUGGAAGAUUAACCGUGAGCGUGCCGUCGACUACCUCAACACGCGUGACCGCAUCUACGUAGUAGAUGGAUUCGCCGGCUGGGAUGAGAAGUACCGCAUCCGCGUGCGCGUCAUCUGCGCCCGUGCCUACCAUGCCCUGUUCAUGAGGAACAUGCUCAUGCGCCCCUCGGCCGAGGAGCUCGAGGGCUUCCAGCCCGACUACACCAUCUACAACGCCGGUUCCUUCCCGGCCAACCGCUUCACCGAGGGCAUGACGUCGGCCACGUCGGUGGCCCUCAACUUCUCGGCCAAGGAGAUGGUCAUCCUGGGCACCGAGUACGCCGGCGAGAUGAAGAAGGGCAUCUUCACCGUCCUCUUCUACGAGAUGCCCGUCAAGCACAACGUCCUGACGCUGCACUCGUCGGCCAACGAGGGCAAGGACGGCGACGUCAGCGUCUUCUUCGGCCUGUCCGGCACGGGCAAGACGACGCUGUCGGCCGACCCCAACCGCGCCCUCAUCGGCGACGACGAGCACUGCUGGAGCGACCGCGGCGUCUUCAACAUCGAGGGCGGCUGCUACGCCAAGACCAUCGGCCUGUCGGCCGAGAAGGAGCCCGACAUCUUCAACGCCAUCCGCUACGGCUCCGUGCUGGAGAACGUCGUCUUCGACCCGGACACGCGCGAGGUCGACUACGACAACGCCACGCUGACGGAGAACACGCGCUGCGCCUACCCCAUCGAGUACAUACCCAACGCCAAGAUCCCCUGCCUGUCCGAGAACCACCCGUCCAACAUCAUCCUGCUCACCUGCGACGCCCGCGGCGUGCUCCCGCCCAUCUCCAAGCUCAACCGCGCCCAGACCAUGUUCCACUUCAUCUCCGGCUACACCUCCAAGAUGGCCGGCACCGAGGACGGCGUGGACGAGCCCCAGGCCACCUUCUCCAGCUGCUUCGCCCAGCCGUUCCUGGCCCUGCACCCCAUGCGCUACGCCAAGAUGCUGGCCGAGAAGAUCGAGCAGCACAAGGCCAACGCCUGGCUGCUCAACACCGGGUGGGUCGGCGCCGGCUUCUCCCAGGGCGGCAAGCGCUGCCCGCUCAAGUACACGCGCGCCAUCCUCGACGCCAUCCACUCGGGCGAGCUGGCCAAGGCCGAGUUCGAGACCUACGACGUCUUCAACCUAGACGUCCCCAAGACCUGCCCCAACGUCCCCGACGAGCUGCUCAACCCGAAGAAGGCCUGGACCGCCGGCGCGGACAGCUUCAACAACGAGGUCGUCAAGCUGGGCAAGCUGUUCCGCGAAAACUUUGCCAAGUACGAGAGCGAGGCUACGGAAGAAGUCAUCAAGGCUGGUCCUUCGGUCUAG